CAUGUGAUCGUGUGAUUAUUAUAUUAUUAUUAUAUUUUUUUUUGCAUAAUAUAUAUUUUUUUUUAAUUUUGAAAAUAUCAAUUUUGUGUUUUUAACUAUCAAUUCUCUUUUAAAUCUCUUCAUUCUAAUCACUUCAAAAUUGUCUAAAAAUUGCCAUCAAACGAUAACAUUAUUCUCGACAGUUUACUUUCGCUCCAUUCACAUCUAAACAUGUUUACAUAAUUAUUAUGCACACGUUUUUGUAUUCGUAGGUACAUGCGCAACAUAUAUUUCGUUGAUACAUAAAUUUUUGUUCCCGUGGUUAGUGCCAAACACGAAAUGGACCGAAGACCAUCGUCUUACAAAUCACGUCCAUCRUCGUCCAAACCAUCAGGACCUAGUUGUGUGAUAUGUUUUAAAAUUCAAUCAAUUUAUUCAAUUGGUACUUGUGAUCAUCCUGUAUGCUAUGAGUGUUCAACUACUAUGCGAGUACUCUGCGAUCAGAAGGAGUGUCCGAUAUGCAGGCGAAUUCUAACCAAGGUUAUUUUUACCAAAGAUGAGUUGAAUUUGUUUAAAAAUUUGGAYGAUCGUCCAUAUCCCCGUUAUAACAAAAAGUAUGGCAUUGCGUUUGGUGAUCUUUCAGUGGAAAACGCCUUUGACCAACUUCUGCGUUGCAGUUGUAAAAAAUGUUAUGAUCAUCCAGAGUUUACAGCAUUUGAACAAUUAGUAACUCACAUGGAACGAAACCAUCGUCUUUAUGCUUGUCGUCUAUGUGUGAACAAUUUAAAGAUAUUUCCAAGUCAGAGACGUUGGUAUAACUAUGAUGAGUUAACUAGACAUGAAGAAUGUGGAGAUCCCGAUAAUACGUCUCACCGAGGUCAUCCUGAAUGUCAAUUUUGUAAAGUACGUUACUUAGACAAAGACGAGCUUUAUAAACAUCUAAGAAAAGAGCAUUUCUAUUGUCAUUUUUGCGAUGCUGAUGGUAUUCAAGACUACUACAUGACAUAUGAAUGGUUGAGAAAACAUUAUUAUGACAAACACUACCUUUGUGAAGAGGGAAAUUGUAUUAAUGAACAAUAUACAUCAGUUUUUCGUACAGCAAUCGAUUUACAAGCUCAUAAAGCUCAAACCCACAGCAGAGAUUUGGKAAAACAUGGAUACAAGGAAGCGCGUACUUUAAAACUUGAGUUUACCUUACGACCGCGACACAAUCCGACCGUUGAAGCAGGUAGGCCAAACCAAUACCAACCGCCUCGACCCCGCCAUUCGCCAUCUGAUUAUUCAUACAACAAUAACAACAACAACUAUCAAGAGUCAUCGGCGACCUCAUCGGAUCGCGCGAUCAACGUACGCAACACKGCAGACUUCCCAUCGCUGAAUGGUCAGCAUACGACUGUGUURCCAUGUGCCCGCACCAGGAAACAAAACCAAUCGGUUAACACACGAGAUUUACAAUCGUUUCCGGCCUUGGGUCAAGACCCGCAGCCACCGGUGGCGCCCAAGGCCCAAAAACCAGCGAUGAACAACAUCCGAAUGGCUGCGRUGCUAAAGAAGCCAGCGGAACCUCCUAAACCAGACCGAAACAAAGACGCCAAGACGCCUUCAGGUCCACGGUUGCCCAAUCAGGCCAGAGACUUUCCGUCGCUGGACAGCAACCAAAACCACCAGUCACAGCAGCAGCAACAAAACCUGCAACAUCCCAGAUUGACUGCCAACAAGGAGAUGACGACGGCCAGCGGUUCGAGCGGUGGCAGUUGGGUGUCUAAAGCAAAGACGGGAAACGAGAGUGACAAAAAAAAAGUUAAAAAAGAACCAGCUGCCAUUAAGAAGAAAAUAGCUGAGGCUCCAAAGGUUCCAGGCCCGUCGGACUUUCCAAAUUUAAACAAAAAAUAUGAACCGUCCAAGAGCAACCUGGCCAAGUUGGGUGGCAACAAGAAGAAAUCAGAAAACUCGAAGAAAGUUGUGCCAGCAGAAAACAACGUCAAUGGCAGUGGUAACGGUACUGCACAAAACGGGAAGAAAAACAUCCAAACCGUGGACACCAACGGCAGCAAUAAGGAAAACCACAACAAUAAGUCCAAUACAAAAACCGUCGACGCGGUGCAAAUGUGCAACGGCGAAGUGUCAUGCAAGACAGCCACGACUAGUUCAACAAAUAAGGCAGUCACUAGCAAAACUGAAGUGAUAAAGUCCGUCGCCGCAGCCCCGACAGAAGUWCCGAAAAGAGAGCAAUCCAAGAAGAAAGAGUCUGCUGCGGUCGGUCGACCAUCGGCGCAACCUGAUGAAGAAUCCGUGUCAGACGCCAACAACCCAAAAGAAAAAAAAAAAAGGAAAAAAAACGAAAAUCGAGGAGAACAACAACCUACCUCAACCGGCGGACCUCAACAACAAGAAAAUAAUCACCAACAACAGCUUCAGAACAAUUGUAUCAAAACGUCGACGCCGAAAAUACCACCGGGCUUCGAGAACGCUUACCAACAGCAGCAACAACAGAUCAAAGCACCCCCCGGGCUAUCUGGUAACCGUGGACCAUCCCACGCAGCACAAAACCAUCAUCGGAUCAAAGCACCGCCCGGUCUGUCGUUGACUGACAGCAGUGGCGACGGUGGUAAACCAUUCGAGUACUUGCAUCCGGCCGACUCUUCCGUCCGGAACAAAGUGCUUAUCAACAACCUGAUGGCCUCGCUCAUACCUGUCCACGAUGAACGUUUCGACACUUUCGAAAAGUUCAAAGAGAUGUCCACGCUGUUCCGCAAACACGUCAUCACCGCGUUUGAUUUCUACUCGUACUGUGUCGAAGCACUGGCCCCGUACAGCUUUGAGUCCGUGUUCCAAGAACUCGUGUUGUUGUUGCCUGAUAUCCAAAAGCAACAGGUACGUACCGACAUGUAACAUUAAUUAUGAUAAAAUUA